AUGGAACUGGGGAAGGCCAAGCUUCUGAGGACCGGCCUCAAUGCCCUGUACCAAGCCAUCCACCCCGUGCACGGCAUUGCCUGGACCGACGGGAAGCAGGUGAUCCUGACCUCCCUGCUCCUGCAGGACGGAGAGCCCAGGUUUGGGGACUCGAGCGUCGUCGGGCAGUUCGAGCACGUCCACGGGCUCUACUGGGGCCCGUGUCCUGCCGAUGCCCCGGCCCUGCUCGCCGUUCAACAUAAAAAGCACAUCACAGUUUGGCAGCUCUCUUUGAAUGCCGCCGAAAGGAACAAGCUGCUGGUUUCCCAGGUGUGUGACAUCGGGGAGCCCUUCCCGGUGCUCCCCCAAGGCUGCGUGUGGCACCCGAAGCAGGAGGUGCUGGCCGUGCUGACCACGCGCGACGCCUCCGUCCUGCCCUCCGUGCAUCAGAACAGCGCCAGGGUCAAAGCCGACAUCAAGGGCAGCGGCCUCAUCCACUGCGCGUGCUGGACGAAGGAGGGCAGCCGCCUCGUGGUCGGCGUGGGCAGCGCCCUCCACUCGUACAUCUGGGACAGCGCUCAGCAGACCCUGACCGCCUGCUCCUUCUGCCCCAUCUUCGACGUGGGGGGCUACAUCUGCGCCGUGGAAGCGACUCUGAAUUUCCAAGUCGCUGUCGCCACGGAGCUUCCCCUGGACAAGAUCUGCGGCUUGAACGCCGGCGUCGCCUUUGAGGUCCCGGCCAGCGUCGAGACGGACUCCUCUCCCUCGCAGUCCACCCUGUGCGGCGAGGAAGAGUGUUCCGUGGAUGGGGGGAAGAAAUCCCAGGACUCGGAGAAGCCUUCGCCUGUUGUCUCCUCUCCUGUGGAUCUCACUCACAUCCUUUCCAGCAAGCAGGGCACUGACUCUAGCCCACUCCUUCACCUGAGGCCCAAGGACUACCUGACGGGAAGCGGCCAGGACUCCUCACAUCUCAUCCUGGUGGCCUUUGAAAGGAAGGUGACCUCUACCAAAAAAGUUAGCAUCCCAGGCAUUCUCGUUCCUGAUAUCAUGGCGUUUGACCCCAAAACUCAAACUAUAUCUGUUGCGUCCAAUACUUGUAACACUGUUUUGGUCUAUUCGCUGACUUCAUCCAAUUUACCCAAUAUUCAACAUAUUCAGCUGGAGAAAAACGAAAAACCAAAGGGCUUGUGCUUCUUGACCAAUAAGUUAUUGUUGAUAAUGGUGGGAAGACAAAAAUUCUCCGACCCUGCAUUUCUUCCAUCUUCAAGAUCAGACAAGUACAUGAUCCGCCUCAUAGUUAAGGAACUCAUGUUUGAAGCGUGUCCUUCAAGGCCUGCAGCAGCUAAUGCAAGCUCUGCUUUCAGUCUUCUUUCAAACAUAUCUCAAGACCUUUCUGCAGACCCUCACCCUCUAAACUGCGGGCUCCUCAUCCCAGGCCGUGCUGCUGGGCAGUCCCCUCCGAGCAGAAAAAAGCUCAUUGAGGAAAUUAAGAGCCCCACGUACGAGCAGAGCCUGUUGAAUGUGAGUGACCUCAAAGAAAAAAAGAUUGCAGUGGAUUUUCCACCAGCUGUUGAGGCUCUGGAUGCUGAACCAGGGAACCGCUCCGUGGCUCUGUCUGCCACCCCCCUGGCAUUUUGCAACAAGCCAACAUCUCCAAAAAGGCAGACGGAUGCAGCUCCCAAAAUACCCAACUCCUUUAAGAAUAACUUGCUGUUAAAUGAAAAGGAAGCAAGUUAUUUUUCGAAAAACGUAGAAAAACUGUCUAGUAACUUCACAGAGUUACAGCACCAUCUCUCUGAACUAACUGAGCUGCUAAAAUCUGGGAAGAAAAGUAUUCCAGUCUACCCGUCUUCUCAGGAACCCUCUUUUAUUUACAUCACUUAUCAGAAGCAGCUUUCCAGAAGCGGUUCGGAUGAAAGGCGAGCUGUUAUUCUGUGUGAUGGAAAACUCUGUCUGAACGUAGUCCAGCAAAUAUUCAACCUCUCCCUUAUAGAAAUGCAGCACGGUCCCUCUUGGAUUGUUCUCACGGCAGACAGUGAGGGCUUCAUUCCCUUGACGUUUGCAUCCCUGCAGGAGAUAGUCAUAAGAGAUGGCAGCACGAAAGGCUAUAGUGUCCGCUCCUCCAAAACGCUGGACAUCAUCAGCUCUACAGAAGGGCACAGACCCUCUUCCUCUGAGAGCCUGGACAUCACCAGCUCCCUCGAGGUCCUCAGAGACUCUUCUGGCAAGAGCUUAAGCAGCAGCAGCAGCUCUUCGGAACAGCCAAGCAGUAAAAUGUAA